CUUGCAGGAGGAACAUGGCGGACCGGCUCACACAGCUGCAGGACGCGGUGAACUCGCUUGCAGAUCAGUUUUGUAAUGCCAUUGGAGUGUUGCAGCAGUGUGGUCCUCCUGCUUCUUUCAGUAAUAUUCAGACAGCAAUUAACAAAGAUCAGCCAGCUAAUCCUACAGAAGAAUAUGCCCAGCUUUUUGCAGCACUAAUUGCACGAACAGCAAAAGACAUUGAUGUUUUGAUAGAUUCAUUACCCAGUGAAGAAUCUACAGCUGCUUUACAGGCUGCUAGCUUGUAUAAGCUGGAAGAAGAAAACCAUGAAGCUGCUACAUGUCUGGAGGAUGUUGUUUACCGAGGGGACAUGCUUCUGGAAAAGAUACAAAGUGCACUUGCUGAUAUUGCACAGUCACAACUGAAGACAAGGAGUGGUACCCAUAGCCAGUCUCUUCCAGACUCAUAGUACCGGUAUCUCUACCAUGUGGGUGAGAAAAGAACUAUUUCAGUGCCAUUAAGAGUUCUGCAUCAAAUUUAGAUGUAAGCCUUACCAACAGUUAAAGAAACAUUAAGCACUAUGACACAUGUUACCUUUUUAGCUAUUUUUUAAUAGUCUUCUAUUUUCACUCUUGAUACAUAAGCCUCUAAAAUGCGAUUGAACCAGUUUUAAACCAUCAUAUCAUCAUUUUUUUAUUAUCGGAAUGAAAUUAUUGAGGCAGAUAUUGCAUUAAUGGUUAUAUUAUUAUUAAACAGAUGUACUUUAAAAUUCUGUUGUGACAUUUCUAUUUUUAUUUUUAUCAAAUUUCUACAGUCUUUUUUGCAAAUCAAAUAUCCCUCAAGCCAAAGGAGAAAUGGUAAAUGUAGAGAUAUGGGACAUUUCAAUAUAGGCUGAUAUCCUUCUGCCUCUUCACAUUAUAUAAAUUUGGAGUUUGAGCAAGGAAGGUUUCUGAAACCAUAUUGCUUUUAAGAAACUUAGGGUUAGUGUAGUUCGGUGAGAGAUUAGAUCACUUUUAUGGAAACAUUCCUCUUUUUCCAGAACCUCAUACCCAUUUUGUUUCAUCUCCCAUAUGUGUUUCUACUGAGAAAAGCCUCAGGAGACAGAACAAGUUACAAUAUGAUCGUCUUUCCUAUCAUAGAAUUGCAAUGCUAUUAUGAGAGGAUUUUUCUUCAUCCUGAACUAUCCUUUCACAUAUCUUUUGACCUGCUUUUUUCAUUCUUAAUUUGCAUAAUAACAUAUGUUCCCAGAGUUACUGAUUCCUUCUCAUCCUUUUUCUCUAUCUGAAGGUUCCGUCAUCUGAUCUUGUUAACCUUUUAGUCUUUAUUCCUGCAUUCUAAUCUGACCAGAACAUAAUUCUGCUACAUCAGUUACUUUAAUUCAUUUUCUGCAUUCUACCUUAGUUUAUUAUUGCUUACAUUUGUAUCAGUAUCAUCAAAUAUGAUUGUGCAGCCAGCUUUUUAUUCUUGAAUCCACUGAUUAUUUCCACUAGAAUGCUGGAGUUGAAAUGUAUUCCAUAUUGUAACUUGUUCUGUCUCCUGAGGCUACAGUUUUCAGAAUAUGCUCAGCUACAUUUACUGCAAUCUAGUACUACCCAGAGUUUAAGAAAGUGCAAGAACAAUAGUCUGAGAUUCUGUUACUCCCAUCAUAAUCCAGCUCUUCCAUAGUUCUUGAAAAAUAUUGUUUAGAGGCACAUUUUAACUCCAAAAUACAAUUUAUAGAAUCAUUAAUUUUUAAAGUUAUAUUAAAUGUUACCAUACCAAUAGAUAUUAAAAUGUUUGCUUAUUCUCUCUGAUAUCACUUAAAAUGCGUUUUACUUAAGUUUUUUUUAAUUUUUAUUUUUAAGUAAUCUUUUGGGCUUGAGCUUACAACCUUGAAGAGUACGUGCUCUACUGACUGAGCCAGCCAGGUGCCCCAUGAGUAAUCUUGCUUGCUUGCUUGCUUUCUGCUUUCUCUUUUUCUUCCUUUAAGGUUUUUUGUUUUAGUUUUUUGUUUUUUGUUUUUUAAUUUUUUUUGAGGGAGAGAGAGAGAGAGAGAGAGAGAGAAUGAGCAGAGCAGGGAGGAGAGCAGGGAGGAGAGGGAGGAGGAAAAGCAGAUACCCUGCUGAGCAGGGAGCCCGAUGCAGGACUCAUCCCAGGACCCCAAGAUCAUGACCUGAGCUGAAGGCAGACUCUUAACUGACUGAACCACCCAGGCACUCCAUUAAGUUUUACUUAUUUAAGUACUCUUUAUACCCAACAUGGGGCUCGAACCCCAAGAUCAUGAAGUACAUACUCUCCUGAUUGAGAUAGGUGUCCCUUUAAAAUUUAUCAGAAUUUUAUCAGACACCUGGGUGGCUCAGUGGUUUAGCAACUGCCUUUGGCCCAGGGUGCGAUCUUGGAGUCCCAGGAUCGAGUCCCGUGUCGGGCUCCCGGCAUGGAGCCUGCUUCUCCCUCUGCCUGUGUCUCUGCCUCUCUCUCUCUCUCUCACUCUCUAUCAUGAAUAAAUAAAUAAAUCUUUAAAAAAUAAUAAUAAAAUGAAUUUUUAAACACUAGCAUGAGGUAGAAGAUAAGGAACUGACAAAGUAAUAUUCAAAGUACUGAAUAAUACAAUUAGCUGCUAGAAAAAAGUGUAAAAAGUUAUAUAGCAUUAAGCUGGUAGACUACUGUUAUCCUUACCUGAGAUUUUUAUAUUUGAAAUUACCUGUUUUUUUUCUGGUUUAAGGUGUUCUAGAAAAAGGGUAAUACAUAUUCUGAAAUAUUCAUAAAGAUUUUAUAAGAUAAGUCAUAAAGACUGUAUACAGUAGCUUCUCUUAGCCAUCAUUUUGUGUACAUGGCUGUUGGAUGAGGAAGUCCUUAAAGCUGAAAUGGUAUGGGCAGUGAUGAUUUUGCUGCCUGGUACACAGCUUUGGGAGGACAAAAAACAAUGGAUAUCUAUGUCUUUCAUCUUGCAAUUCCUCCCCUUCUACCCAGAUCUAAGUUGUUUUAAGGAGAAAAAUCCUUAAAGAUGGGGCAAUGGUCUUUCUCUUUGCAAAGGACCAUAGACCCUAUGUCCCUGUUGGAAUUUUCUGGGGAUUAAGGAAAGGAGGGACACAAACCUUCAUGGCUUUGUUGGAUAUGGACACCCAGGUUACUAUCAUACUUGGCCUAGUGGGAGAGAGAACAUGCAAAUUCAACUUUGGGUCUAAGCAAAGUAACCAGUGAGGAAGUUAAAUAUAACUUUAUUGCUAAAUAUGACUUAGGCUGACCUGAUAACACUGUGGUUAUAGCUUCUGUGAAUGUAUUAUUGGAAUAGACUUCAUGUACACUUAUAAUUCCCCACAUAAAUGCCAGAGAAGAUACUCCCAUUCAGGACAUGCUAAAAGUAGAGAGGUAGUCUUGUGUGUGACAUGUAAAACAGUUUCCAACCAAUCUUUCUGUCCUUUGCCUAUGGAGUGCCUGGCCAAUGACAGUUGAACACUGUGUUCCUGGAAAACAGUGAAGUUCCUCCAUCCUAUUGUAUUUCUGUCAAAUGGCUUCCUGCAAAGAACUACCUUUAUCCCUCUGAUUUUGUUUACGUGUGACAAAGCUAGACCCAGACCUCCAAAUUCCCAUUCUUUGUCUCAUAAAGGGUUAUUUGAACUGUUUGUCCCCAUCGAUCAAUCUGGACAGAAUGCCCUGUUACAACUGGAUCAAACUUUAGUCUUCUCCCCUCAAAAACUCCUGAACUUUACCCUCAGUCUGAACCUGCACUGGAAUGUGGAAUAGUAUCUCAGUGACACCUCCUGAAAAUUAACUGAUCAUUAAAAAAAAAAGACUUUCCUCGAUCAACUGUCUCAUAUCAACUGCUCAUCUCACUCCCUUACACUCAGAUUUUUAUAUCAUUGUUUACAUACUCCUUCCUAUUAAAGAUAGUUCUUUUCCACCUGAUAUUUGAGACAAUUGGAGAUCCUAUGGUCAGUGCAUUCUCAUUGCAACAACAUUUUCCAAUAAAGUUUUUCUGUAUUCAA